CGCGCUCUUCCUCUGGUCCAGUAUCCUAGCUACGCCAUGCAGGGCUUCAUCCCGGCGCCGCUGCUGCGCUCUCUAAGACGCUUCGCCACGACCAACGAGGACGAGGAAGGCGACAACACUGCGCUUUAUUCUGCACUGACACGUGGGGAAAUUUUGGGCACACAGCGCGGCGUUAAGUCCAGUACAGAUGACGCGUUGGUCACACGACAGGUCGCAGUUUGGGGUCUGUUACGCUGCUCGCCGGAUGACACUGAUGGCCAUUCCUUCGUGCGUAAUUUGCCUGGAGGCAUUAGUCGCAUCGGACACUUCGUUGUCGUUCGAGGAGAAGCUUCAGAAAACGAGAAACAACUCGAAUCUGUUGCGUUACAAGUAGCAGGUGAUGCGAACGAGGCAAUUGUAUUGGUUUACGGGUUGGCGACGCAGACGCCAUGUAUGUUCCACUGCAAGGAAGGAAAAGUUGUCAAGGUGGAGAUGGAAGUGGUGCACUCUUUGCAUGCUCGCGACUUCCUUCGUGUAAUUGGGUUUGCUCCGUUACGUUGUGCGGUGGAUCUUCACGCGCUUGGAGACAAGAGAGCGUUGUUGCAUCAGUUGGAGAAGUACAAGGUUGCUACACGUGACGAUGGAGACUUUUACGUUCGAGCUGGUGUGACGCAAGGCAAGAGGGGCAGGAGCUUCCGCGUUCUAAAUGGACGUGGAGAAGACGUCGUGUCUUCAGAUGCUAAGACAGUGUUGGAAUCUAUUUUGCCAGAAGUAGAUGACAGUGACGGCGUCGGAGAGACGAAGAGUAAGAAGAGGAACGGGAAGAAGCAGAAGAAAGCAGGCAAAAAGACAACAACGAAGCAGAAUGGAGACGAGGAAGACAAGCUGGGUUUCAUGCCGUCGUUGGAGUACGGAGACAUUGCAAACUUGGACUUGCUGGUCAGUCUCGCGCCGUUAGAAGCUACUGCUGAUGUAGCUGCCCCUGUGGUUACAAUUCCGGCGCCUUCUGCCCCCAAUAAGCUCCGUCAACGCUUUCACGCACAUUGCGAUGCGUUAGUUAUGGUCCCUAUGGACUCACCGAUCGAAUCAGCAUUGACACUGCUCCGUCAACGACUUCAUGAUCAAUUGACGGAGGUUUUUAACCUGCUCAAAGACGCCCCAGAGGCUGUGACCUCUGUGACAGCGCACCAGUUCCCACUGAUAGGAGCGGCGUUCCCGUUAACGGUAGUUUCAAGCGCGACAGACCCUGAUUUCAAUGACGAAAGCAUGAACGAUGUGAAGACGCUGGAGCAUUUGCAUCGUGCCUUCUUGCAGCCUCUAGACCAGCCUCUCUUCCGCGUGUCUCGUGGAUGCUCGUUGGCUCAGCAAGGCGAAUGGCUCGCCUCAAGUGAUGUGCUAUACAAUGUGCACGAAGGCAUCCCAAGCUCGGGUGUAGGAGAGCGCUGCCAUUCAGCUUUGGUCGAUGGUUUCUAUGGCUACUAUCACUAUCUCCAGCAGGGUAUGAAUGACAAAGGAUGGGGCUGUGCGUACCGAUCGCUGCAAACACUAGCGUCCUGGCUGUUUGUACAGCACUACACACAGCAGCGUUUCCUCUCGCACGAGCAGAUUCAGAGUGCAUUGGUCAAGAUUGGAGACAAACCAGCGCGUUUCCAAGGCUCAACCGAAUGGAUUGGUAGUCUGGAAGUUGGGUACGUCCUGGACGAGCUGUUUGGUGUAACAUUCCGCUCACUCAGCGUCUCUAGCGGCGCUCAACUGCCCGACGUAGCACGGGAACUUUUGUAUCACUUCGAGACGCAGGGAACCCCCGUCAUGAUGGGUGGAGGCCAGUUGGCGUUCACGCUGCUGGGUGUGGACUACGAUCCUGAUGCUGGAGUCUGCGCCUUCCUCACACUGGACCCGCACUAUUCAGGCGACGAGGAUCUGGCCACCAUCCAGCACCAAACUGUAGCACUCGAAGGUUACAAGGCGGUGCCGUGCAGUUGGCGCAAGACCACGACGUUCGCCAAGAACAGCUUCUAUAAUCUGUGCUUGCCGCAACGUCCAAGUGUCGGUGUGUAAGUUCCCGACUAAUUAGAAAAAAAAAUAAAAACAAAUUUUCUUACAGCUACAGAAAAUAUUGUAUUUUUCCCUU